AUGCAGUUCGGUUUUUUCCUGCUGGUUGUUAUUGCCGCACUCGCUACAAGCUGCGAGGCUGCCCUCGACUCUACCAAUGCUGCCAUCACGCUUUCAAGCAAGGCCUCCACGGACAUCGACACGAACGCGGUCGGUGCUGUUUCUGUGUACGCUGCCAGGUUCUUAAGAGCCGGCGACACACCUAACGCUGAUGCUGCUGAACACUACGACGAGCCCAUCGAUCAAGAGAGAGCAAACGCCUGGUAUGACAAAGUGGCAAGCUUCGUAGCAAACCUGAACAAAGGGAAGGCGGCUUCGACUGAGAAAAAGGCUGCGGCAGAUCUCACCAGAACAUUCAGAUCGCCACCGACUGCAGACAAAGUGACCAGGUCAAAGUCGUUUUCGUAUCAAAAGGCUACAACGCAAAAGCUGACUCGAUUCGAAUCGCUUCCGAACGUAAACGCUUUCACAGACAAGGAUGUCCUGCGCAAGGCUGAAGGUCAUAUCAACAACGACUUCAAGAAGUUUGACCGGUUGGAAAAAACUCCUGAUGACAUUAUCAAGCGUUAUGACCUCGAUACCAGCGUAUUGACUAGUGCAAAGUCUAGGGAGCAACUGCGGGGGGCAGCAUAG